UUGGUAUCCCAAGCUACGGAUCCUUGAUCUAUCCUGUAAUGGCUUUAGUGGUAUCCUUCCAAAAUAUUUUUUUCAAUUACUUCAAAGCUAUGAUCAAUGUGGAUGAAAGCGAAAAAGUACCCAGUUAUUUGGAGACAACAACGGGUGCAUCUUAUAACAUUUCAAUCAAUUUAGUUAUUAAAGGUCAAGAUAUUCAACUCGAAAGAGUAUUGACCAUUUUAACUACAAUUGAUUUAUCAAGCAAUCAAAUUGAAGGGGAGAUUUCCAUGUUUAUUGGAAAUUUGAAUUCAUUACGGCUUCUCAACUUAUCACACAACUGCUUCAAUGGAAGCAUUCCACACCAAUUAGGAGAUAUUAGGUUGCUUGAAUCUUUGGACAUCUCUUGGAACCAACUGACUGGGAAAAUUCCAGAGCAACUCACAAACUUGACAUUUCUUGAGGUCUUAAACUUAUCACAAAACCAUUUGGUUGGACCCAUUCCUACUGGCAAACAAUUUAAUACUUUUGAAAAUGACUCAUAUGGAGGAAACCUCAACUUAUGUGGAUUUCCAUUGUCAAAGGGAUGCAAUGGCAACGGUAGAUCACUUGAGCCCCGCCAAUAUGUUGAGCAAGAAGAAAAGUCAGAUUUCUUGAGUGGAUUUACUUGGAAAGCUGUAGUGAUUGGGUUUGGUUGUGGGCUAGUAUUUGGAAUCUUAAUUGAAAAUCUCAUGUCUCGAAUUGGAAAGCCAGAAUGGUUUGUUAAUUUCUAUGGAGGCAACAAAAGCAGGAGCGUCUCAAGGCCAAGAAGAUAUGGUCGAAGGCAUUGAAGUUUUACAAAGGAAGGAAGAUUUCACUUUCUCUGUAUCAUGAAUAAUCCUUUACAACAUUUGCUGCAGUUGAAAUACUCACUCCAGGUAACAACAAUAUUGCCUUCCUAUUCAUUCAUUUAAAAAUAAUUUGAAUAAACAUCUCUAAGUGAUUUAAUGUACAGU